GCGUAAACAGUUGUAACUAAGUCGUUGGUUAACUUAAAGUCAACAGGACAUCAACCCCUUCAAGAGGUUGUAAGAAGGGAUGAAAAUCGUAAUAAACUCCAAUAAUUAUGGUAAUUCCUUGCUUCCUUCACAAUGAAGCCAAAAAUCUAUAGUCAAAGAUUCCCAGACCUGAAGGAAAUUUCGAUGAGCUUACUCAUUAAGGAAUAGAGGUGGGUUCUUCUUUUUAUUGUGAUUCUUGCUAGAUGAAAACAUUGAUGUUUCUUGAAUUUCCUUUUUCUGGUUUCCCUAAAGAUUAUUAUGGCCGGAGCUUUAAUCGGAGGAGCUGCUCUAGGGGCUGUUUUUGGAGAGCUGCUUAGAGCCAUUGUAAAAGCCACUGAAACAGCUACCAUGUUCCCUGAUGUCUGGGAGGAACUGAAAUCCACGCUAUUCAAGAUUCAGUCAACAAUCAAACACAUAGAAUCACUCAACAAAGAGCUUGAUAAGGAGAACGAAACAAAGCUGCUCAUCGAAAUCAUCCGUGAAGGACACAAACUUGUCAGUAAGUGCUCUAAAAUCCACAGGUGGAACUUCUUCAAGAAGACUUGUUAUACAUACAAACUUCAAAGAUACAAGGAAUCGCUUCAGCGCUUCUGUCAGAUUGAUAUGCAAACACAUCAAACGAGAGACAUCAAAGAUUUGCUACUUGAAGUUAAAAGCAUUAGUAUGGAAGUGAGCAGACACAGUUCGAAAGAGGGGUCCGGUAGCGAGAAUGGGAUGUUUAGUCAGGUUGCAGUUGUGGGUUCAUGCCAAGUACCUAAGCCCCUAGGGAAAGUUGUUGGAUUCGAUGUACCCUUGACAGAGCUAAAGGUGAAGCUUUUCAAAGAUGGGGUAUCAGUCAUUGUUGUGUCUGCUCCGGGAGGAUCCGGAAAAACAACGUUGGUUAAAGAGCUAUGUCGAGAUGAAGAAGUCAAGGGAAAAUUUAAAGACAACAUCUUCUAUGUCACUGUUUCGAAGGCACCCAACAUGGAGGUCAUUUUGCAGAAAUUACUCCAGGUUAAUGAUCAUAGAAUGCCUGAAUUUCAAAGUGAGGAGGAUGCCCUGAACCACUUGGAACGAAACUUAACACAAAUGGCAACUGAUCCCAUAUUACUGAUCCUGGACGAUGUUUGGUCUGGAUCUGAAUCCCUCGUUGAGAAACUCAUGUUUUCAUUGCCAGAUUACAAGAUCUUGGUAACAUCAAGAUUUGCUUUUCCAAGAUUUGAUUCUACAUAUAUUUUGAAACCAUUAAAUGAUGAUAAUGCAAUGACUCUUUUUCAUCACUCUGCAUUCUCGCAAAAUGGAAAUCCUUAUAUUCCAGAAGAUCUCGUGAAUAAGGUAAUGAAAAGUUGUAAGGGACUCCCACUGGCCCUUGAAGUGGUUGGUAGAUCACUUUGUGGGCAGCCUGUGGCAGUUUGGCAAAGUAGAGCAAAGCAGCUGUCUAAAGGGCUACCCAUAUUUCAUUCUAGUGCCGAACUGCUUGCUUGUCUUGAAAGCAGUUUAGAUGCCCUGGAUAGUAUGGUAGGAUUAGACUGCUACCUGGACCUGGGUUCAUUCCCUGAAGAUCAUAUGAUUCCUGCUACUGCACUCAGUGAUAUGUGGGUGGAGCAGCACAAACUAGAUGAAGAUAAUGAUGCCAUUGUCAUCCUCCAUGAAUUCUCCACCAGGAAUCUGGUUAAUCUUGUAGUCAUGAGGAAAGAUGCAAGUGAAGCUGAUGGCUACUACAAUGAUCACUUCAUCAUACAGCAUGAUCUUCUAAGAGAGCUGGCUAUCUAUCUGAGCAGCUUGGACCCUGUAGAAAAAAGAAAGAGAUUAAUUGUAGAACUAAGCAGCAAUAAUUUUCCCAAUUGGUGGUUGGAAGAAAAGCAACCACCUCUUGGUGCCCGCCUCUUGUCUAUUUCCACAGAUGAAACAUUCUCAUUCAAUUGGGGCAGCAUUCAGGCACCAGAAGUUGAGGUUCUAGUUCUCAAUUUUCGAACAAUGAACUACACCUUGCCUGUGUUCAUGGAGAAAAUGGAUAAAUUGAAGGUUUUGAUAGUCAUGAAUAAUGGUAUCUACCCGACGGAAUUACGGAACUUUCCACUUCUCUGUUCUUUAUCCAGUCUAACCAGAAUGAGGUUAGAGAAGGUGUCAGUCCCUUCCCUAAGCAUGAGCUCUUUACACCUUAAGAAUUUGCGAAAAAUAUCAUUGGUUAUGUGUACUAUAGGUCAGGCUUUUAAGAACGGUACUAACAGGAUGUCAGAUAUUUUUCCAAAUCUUUUGGAAAUUGACAUUGACUAUUGUGAUGAUCUGGUGGAACUGACUGAUGGGUUGUGUGAUCUUGUUCAACUGAUGAAGCUUAGUAUCACCAACUGUCACAAGCUUCGUGCACUGCCUGAUGGCAUUGGAAAGCUGGUAAACUUGAAAGUGCUAAGACUAACAUCCUGUACUGACCUCAAGACAUUGCCUGAGACCAUCGGGAGCUUAUCCCAGCUUACCGUUCUUGACAUUUCCGACUGUCUGAGCAUCAUCAACAUGCCAAUCCAGAUUGGUGAACUGCACAAUCUAAGCAAGCUCUAUAUGAGAGGGUGCUCCAGCUGUAACCUACCUUCAACAAUCAAAAAGCUUCAGCAUUUGAAGGAUGUCAUCUGUGAUGAGGAGACAGCCUAUCAAUGGUAUUCUUUCAAAUCUGAUCUCACCAAUCUAGAGGUAAAAGUUCACGAGGAAGAUAUCAAUUUAAAUUGGCUUCAGACAUGUUUAUAAGUUUCUUUUUUCUCAUAUACUGUAUAAGCUCCCUUUAUUUUCAUGCAUAAAGCUUCAUUUAUGAACAUAAUAUACUCAAUGGACCACGGCAAUUUGAGACCAGUGUUGUUACAGUCUUUCUGUCUGAUACUUUACCAGGCACUCUACCAUAAAUUCUCUGCAGCCAUGUCUUCACACUUUGAUAUGCCCGAAAUAACUGCACCAUUAAUGCAGAGAAGCUGUCUUUCUUCCUAUUACAUUGUAUAGACUAUCUCCCCCGCUGCUAUAAAUACCAUGCUCAGAUUAAGAAUCAAGGUCAUCCGUGUCCUCGUCAUCAAGGUUGUCUACCAUUUAAUGGUUUAAGCAAUGGGCUUCCAGCAGCUGGAAUGGUGGCCUCAGCGAUUAUCUGCAUGAUCGUAUCUGUCAAUGUCAAAAAGUCAAAGCUAUUCAACCCAAACUUUAGUUAUAGCCAUCAAACAAUAUGGACCAAUUUCGAAGUGGUGGUCUGUCCCUAAAGUAAAACAGAUAAAGUCCAGUCGACCAAUCUUAUAUCUAU